AUGCAGUGUCGUAAAGUAGAGCCGAAUGUUAUUAUGAAUUCUGCUAGACUUAUGUAACGACCCAUUGAGAGCAAUAAAUUGGAAGAAGAGAUAGUCAAUGUAAUGAAAAGCCCUGAAAAAAAGAGUCCCCAUAAUGGAAAAUGUCUCAAACGAACAACGUCCGGCCCAAUAAUUAAUUUACAACAACAAAUAAUCAUUUAGUAAGGCGGGCCCAUAAAGGAAACCUAAGUAGAAUUGAAGUCUAAGAGUUAAAUAAAGAAGAAAAAAAAGAAGAAGAAAACUCAAAAGAAAAAGAAAGUUUAACUAUAAGAUAAGCAGGAAUCAGAAUAGAGGGUUUAACAAUUAUUAAAAUAAAACCUGCGUAAGCAUUAAAGUAAUUUAAUUCAAUAUCACAAAAGAGGAUAAACAUGAGUAGUAAGUACAAGAAGAGAUAUAAAAAUAAAGAGUGGCUAGUUUGAAUGAAAUGAGAAAAAUAAUGGAUCAACAAAUUCGAUAAGUCAAUCAACAACGAUUUUCAAGGGUAUUUAAAUACUUUAACAUUAUGUUUAGCAAAAAUCUCCUCCCUCAUCACUAUUACCUUGGGGGAUCGAUUAAAACAAGUUAAAAUAGUAUUGGACAAAAAUGUUGGAAAUCCAUGAUAAACUAGAAAAGCCUAUUGUUUAAAGCAAGACUUCUACUGAAUAAGCAAUAAAGGAGAAAAUAAGAAGACAUAAAUUAGGAUUGGAUUUUUUGAAUUCCAAACCUGAAAAAGAUAUUUAAAAGAUGAUUUAAAGUAUAUUUAUAGAUAUUCCAAGAAUAAAAAUCAAAACAAGUAUUAGAAUCGAUAUCCUCUCCUCUAAAAAAUAAAAAUAAUUUUGAACAUAAGGAGGUAGAAUAGGAUGUGAAAUUGUAUAUGAUGUAUAAAAGAGAACUCUGGCGAUAAUAAAAGAUAGAAGAGUAUAAAUUUUAUUUACAUUAGAAAAUAACUCUAAAAAUUAAAAAAAGAAAAAGUUCAUCAAAACCUAUAGAUCUUAAAUUAAGAGGCAAAGCAAUUUGCUAAAUCAAGAAAUGCAUCAAUUAAAUCCAAUUUAACCGUAUAAGUAAGCUCUUAACAUGUCGAACAUCAAUCACAGCAUUAUCGGACAUCAGAACCCCCAAAUUUCAAUAAAUUAGAAAAAGAGUAUAAGGAAUUAAUGAGGUCGCUUAGAUAAUCAAGUUAUAGCAGCACUUAAUCUCAUACAAGGAAAAAUAGCUAAUUGACAUUUAUUGAAUGGCUAUCUAACCUACCUGAAUCAUAUUUACAAGAAUAAUUAAUGUAGAUGUAAGUCAUAAAUGAGCAGAUGAAUAGUUAAGGUUUUCAAUAUAAAUUAAGUGAACAAGAAUUAUAUUAAUUUUUAGAAUAAUUUUUGAAAGAGAAGUUUGAAUAAUAAUCGAAAUAAACUAUAAAGGAGAGAUUUUAGGAACUUCAAGGUAGAUUUUAAUUGGUUACUAAUUAAUAAUCCUAAAGUUAAUAAUAGUAAUAUUAAUAAUAGCCGCAAUAAUAAUAAUAAUAAUAAAAUUAUACCCAUCAUAGUAUUUCUAGUUCUAAAAGUAAGAAACAAAUAUAAGAACAACCAGAUACUGAACCAUAAGAUGAAUUAUUUAAUAAAAUAAGCGAAGAGCAAUUGGAAUAAAUUUAUAACAUAGCUGCAACUAUGAUCUAAAAAGUAUGGAGAGGAUUUAAAACUAGAUAAUUAGUAUUUGAUUAUCUAAAUUAUUUAAUUUAAUAACAGGAGGAAGCUUAGUAAGAAGACAAAAGAGAGAAAAUUUAAGAAUAAGCAUUAUUUGGAGAUUUAUUACAACAAGAUGAUCAGCAAUCUAUUAAUUAGGCCACAGAAUCAAAUAGGAAGCAGAAUCAUUUUGAAUAUUUAUAAAAUGACUCUGCCAUAUCCCAUUAACAAGGGUAUGCUCCUCCUCCUUCUGAAUCUAUCCAAUAGUCAUCUCCCCAUUAAUCAAGUCCAAAAGGAAAUAAUAAUAUACCUCAUCUCAACUUAGAUUAAUUCUCUCAAUAAUUGCAGUCAAGUGCAUAAAAAUCUAUUAAAAAUAAUUAAAUAGUAGCCUAAUCAUAAUCAGCUUGUUAAUCAUAAUCUGAAAAUCUAGAAUCAGAAAUUGAACAAAUCUAAGAUUCUACUCCUAAAAAAAUAAGGCUAAAUUAACAUGGAUCCAAUCAAGACCCUGAUUAUUAUAUUUAAGUCUUGAAAUCCCGGGAAGAAGCUCUAUAACAGAAGUUCGAUAAAUAAGUUGCCUUGUUGGAUAAAAUGUUAGAAAAGAAGAAAGUAACUAAUGAAAUGUUUUCUGAGAAUAAAGAGAAACUAGAAAGAAAAUAUAAAAGAGAGAGAGCAAAGUUAUAAUAGUCGAAAAAUGAAGUUGAAAGACUUUAAUAGAUGUUUAAGGAAACUAUAAAAUCUACUUAGAAAGAUUAAUAAUUCAUGGAAAAGAUUAAGAUGUAGUGUGAUGAAGAAAAUCUUUCAAUAAGGUAAAUCUUUUCAUUAAGAUCUGAAACAGAGUAAUCUGAUUGUGAUAUUGAAAAGAAAGCAAUCCCUCACUAUGGUCUAUUAUAAAAAAUAAGUAUUCUUAUAUUAAUAAUGUAGAAAAUGAUCAUUUUAGAAAAUAUCAAAAAAACAGAAAGUAAGUUCGCAGCUUUGAUUAGUAAAUGAGUUUGGAUGAGAUUUCAAUGAAAAAUGAAGAAAUAUAGACUAGCACAUUAUUUAAUAUUCAUACAGAAUCUAUGUCGCAUUCAAUUCAUAAAUCUUAACAAAUAACUUCCAAUAACUAAUAAUCAAUACCUUCAUAAGAGAUAGUCUAAGUGGAAACUAUCGAAAUUCUAGAAAAUAGAGACCCUUAACCUAAUUAUAGAAAGUCAAUAAUACCUUUUGAUGAUCGUAAAAUUGACAGUGUUACUGAAAACAUUGUUUAAAAUAUAAUUGUUGAAUUUGCUGAAGAAUUAAAUAAUUUCCCUCUUUAGUCUUUGGGGGUGCUAAUGGAAUGGGAUGAAGAAUCAUAGAUUGAGUAUUAAUUUCCUCCUGGUUUCCCAACUACUCUUAAUUUCAUUAAAGAUUAUCUAGUAUCUUUUGGAGAAUUCAUUUAAAGUAACUAAAAAUUGUAUUAUAGAACAUCAUUUGAAUGCUUUUAUACAGUAAAUUAACACACCUUUAGGAAUAAGUCCAUAAGAUUUAUUAAAGACAAUCUCUUUAAGUGACAUGUAAUAAAAUAACUUGGAUGAUUCAGCAUCUGGUCCAUUAUAUCCAUUAAUUAAAUACAUUCAUUAAAUGGAACCUCUCAUCGAUGAAGAUAUUUGGACUAAAUUUAAUUAAUCUUACUCGCUAAAAUUGAAAUAUUAUAAUGACAUAAAUAUUAGCGAUUAAUUUAAGGAAUUGGAAAUGUUCCAUUUAAGAAUGGUUUAUGAAGCAUUUAAUGAGGCUAUUAAUUAUGUAAGGCCAUUUGGAAUUAGAGGAUAACCUUACCCUUGGAAAUCAAAUCCUUUGAAAGUUUAUCAAAAUUUGACCACUCCUGAAACCAUUGAUAGAGCAAUGGGAUUUGCAAUUGCCAAAAUGCUUAAAUGGGGCUCUUUUCUCUGUGGAUUCAUACCUGAAAAAAUUGAAACCCCUUAAGGAGAAAUCAUAGUAAUAGAGGAUGAUUACUUGAACCAGAUUAAAGAAGAUCGAUUGUAAUAGAUGUUAGAGUACGAAGUAAAGCAAUUAUUUUAUUCUAAAGAUUUAAGAAUCUGAGGAGAAAUGGCUUAAUUAUGACGAGGAACAAGCAGAAGUUGCAGUAGAAUUAGCAGAUAUUGUAUUUGAAGCCAUGUUAGAUGAAGUAGCUGAGGAAAUAUUCAGAGCUAGUUCAAGACAAGCCAUAUCGAAAAAAUAAUUUCAAUAUUGA